AUGACUGAGUUUUGUUCCAUCCUGCAUCGUUUGUUUGAUGUUACUGUCUGUGUUCCUGUUAAUAGAACUGACCACCUGGGCAAACUCCCACCUGAAGAGGAAAAAAGUUCCCGUCUGGUCAACGACCUGAGAAAGAGUGUGAGUGAUGGCCUCACCCUGGUCAACCUGAUUGAGUGCCUCACCAGUGAAAAGGUUCCAAACAUUCAGACACGACCUAUUAUCCGGGCACAGAAGACAGAAAACCUGCAGAAGUGCCUGUACUACUUAGAAGGGAGAGGGGUGCCCAUUCAAGACAUCACUGCUAAGGAUCUCGCUGAGGGACACCUAAAGGCCACCUUGACGAUUGUCUCAAGACUAAAGGAGAUUUUUGAGAGCACACAGGUGAAUGGGACAUCAGAGGCAGGGGAGGAGGUAGAGCAGACAGAGCCACGCCCUCACUCAGCACCAUCCUCUGGUACAGAGAGGUUAGGGAACGGAGACGGCGAGGCAGACACAAGUCUGUCGGAGAGCUUGGAGCUGGAGCCAGGCAGGCUGUAUCCAGGUGACGACCCAAGUGAGGUUCGCCAUGCCUACUACGAUGACCGUGCAAUAUCCCACCAGAAGCCAGUGUACAGCGGAGGGGGGCUGCGGGAAGACCUACUGCCGGGGAGCAUGGCUACUGAUGAUGAAGAGGAAGAUAUAAGUCAGAGUGAGAUUCCUCCCACGCUCCAGUCCACCACAGAGAUGGGAUCCCACGGUGUUUCCCAGCACGGCGCAGACAGCAGACGACAGAUCAUCGGCCUGACUCAGGCCAUCAGGGAGAAGGCUCGCAUCUCUGUGUCCACUGAAGUGCCCGGCUCCCCCAACAAGCUGCAGGCAUGGGACACUCAGGCUAUGUUCACUGCCCCGGCCCCAGUGCGUGACCAGGUGAGUCUGACUGUGGAGGAGAGGCUGAAGUCCCUACUGGACAGCCCCUACCUGGAGGAGAUGGCUGGCAGUCCCAGGAAAAAGGGUUACCUGGAGGGUGAGCUGUUGCUCCCACCCCCUCCCAAAGGGCACAGUCCCUUCAGUUAUCCAGAUGGGAUAGACAACCCUGGGCUGGAGGGGGGAGUGAACGGCCAGGUCAGGGGUCAAGACGAGGAGUUAUCAGAACUGGGACUGGGCUCAGGUUAUGUGCCCUCCCACCCAAACCAGAAGGGCCGUGUAGCCACCAGAGGUGAGGCAGUACUGAGAAUGAGAGGUGCCGGCAGGACGGAGGCCUACAGUAACGGUCCCCACACACAGCAGCUGAUGAACGGGUCUCCACACACCCGAGGCAGGCCUGUGGCAGGGGAACAUUCACCUGGCAGACCUGCUACCCAUAAGCCAUCCCCAGGCCCCCCCGGGAGGCCAUCAGGGCAGGACAGGAGUAAGAAUCCCCACCCACAGGCACACCACCCCAGUAAAACACCACCAGCUGGCAAAAAGGGUGUCCCUCCCCCAGCUUAUGGACAUCAGGACAGAUCCCAAGUACCAGGUGGUGCCCCCCACCCAACCCCCCACCACAGUGUACCAGGCCAAGCUGUAGGGUCCAGACUGUACCAGCCCGGGGGUCACCACCACCCGCAGCAGAAGGUCCCUGCAGGGUCGUCCCACACCAGGCAGUUCUGGCUGCAGCAGCAGCAGGACCAGCAGCACCUGCAGUGGCAGAAACCUCACGACCUGGAGGAGGACUCCAGACAACCUCAACCUGAGCCCGCUGCACGACCUGUUCCUGCACCCAGGUCACGACCUCCGAAUUCUACCCCCAUCAGGGGUCAAACAGUGCCAAACUCAUCCAACACCCCACAGAGGGUUGCCAAGACUUCCUCUAGUUCGUCUUACUCCUCCCCAUCAACAUUGUCUCAGCAGUCAGCCACGCCAACUAAACAAGGCAGGAUACCCCCACCCUACCCUGCCACCUCCACACCAAGUAAGGCUGACUCCUUACCAGAGCAUCAUGGGUCCUUUGUUACAAACUUGACUUCAAAAAUCAAAGCCAAUACGACACAACAUCUGCCUGAACCACCUGAUGGAAGCACAGUCAACAGUAAGUCCACCCCAGGACAAGACCUGGAUGUGAACUUCUCAGGUACUGGGACAAUCAGUGAAACUUCCUCCCGUUCCAGCACCCCUCCCCUCCCCCCACUGUCUCCGUCCAACACCCCGCCCAUCACACCCCCUCGGCUCCCCCAUCCCCAUGGUACGACCCACCCGCUCCAUGAGCACCACCGUGCUGCCCUCCGCCCACGUCAGCCCCAUCACACAGACAGACAGGAAAAGACUGAAUCUGGCAGGAAAGGCAGGAAGGGGAGCACUCGUGUGGGCAGGAGCGCAAGCACACUGCAAGUUGGCUUCUCCAUGUUGGGGAAGAAAAAGGGGUCAGGGAAGAACAGAGACUCAUUAAGAGGAGGCUCAAGAGAAGAUGACUCCCAGUCAGAGGAGGGAGAGUCCAUGAGUCUGUCUGAGGCAGAACUGGUGAGGCAGCAGCUAACAGCACUGGAGGAGAUGUACAGGGAAAUUCUGAGACUGCUCGGUGCAGACCAGACACCUCGUGGUCCGACAACACUCACAAGGAAACCAACAUUAACAAAACUGAAGAGGGCAGGGAGUUCUCUGGGCAAGCCUGCAUCUGUAGUGAAGCAGAGAGCAAAGGAUAUACGGUCUGUAAACAGGAGAUUUGCAAGGCUGGAGUCUCAUGUGGUCACCCUGGCCAGAAGUGUAGCACACCUCUCCUCUGAGCUGAGGACACAAAACGCCCUGGUACAGGAGAUAGAGCUGUUACGACAGGAGCUGGAGAAUCUAAAGGAACAGCAGAAGAUCCUACAGAGACAGCAGCUGGCACAGAGGAAACCACCUGACAGGCACCAAAGCCACUCCAGAACACCCCUCUACUCGUCUUGCCUAGUCAAAAACAGCGCACGAUUAGCCAAGCUAACAAAAUUCUUUGGUGCAGAGCCUCCUUUGCUGUCCAUUUUCCUUAAGAAGAUAGGAUACGAGAAAUAUGUGAAGAACUUUGAGGCGGAGAGUAUUGGUAUCCUGGAGCUGCCAUACAUGAACGAGGACAGACUGAAACAGAUCGGUGUUCCCAUGGGACCUCGGGUCCGGAUCCUACAGGAGGCCAAGGCUGCACUGCUGUGAGCCAAAAGGACAAGUCUGAUGUUCAACAUCCAUCAGGGAUAUCACUAGACUCCUUCCACUAGAGCUGUGGUAGACAAAUAUGGAGUUGGACCAGUGGUGCAUCUCACCAACCCUUCACACUCUGACAGUUAGACACCAGUUGCUCUGUCAGUCUUUGGUUGAUAGUGGAAAAGGAAAUGCAUAUUAAAUAGAAGAUGCAAACAUUGGAGGACCUGGUGUUUCAGGGUCUUCAGAUGGAUGUCUGAUUCAUUGCCUGACAUACCAACAUUUUCUACAUUAUAUGUGAAAACAGAUGCAGUACUACCAAGGGAAACAAACUGUUUUGCAUGUUUCAACAAACAAACAAACAACUGUAGAUGUACCAUCCCUCGCUGGAACAUCGGCUCCCGACCCUUAUGCCUUGUUGCGGUGUGAGGGCCUAAAUGUAUCAAUUUCCUACAUGUUGUCCUGAGUAGGUGCAACAUUCCUACUCUGUGACCACUAUGGACAAAGAAACAAUACUUAUUGUAGCGGAUUGCCAGCAAAAUUGGUUUAUUCCAUUUUAACAUGCAUUUGUAUAGAGAUUGAAUUGUUAUUGUUGUUUUACACCAAGAAUACCUCUGUAUGUUAAGAUCAUUUGAUGAUCAUGUAUGAAAUGUACACAAACUUUGUACAUGUAUCUAGAGGCUGACAAUGAGCCUGAAUUUACAACAAAUAAGUCAGAAGACAUGAUGACUUUGAUCUAGUUUUAUAUUGAUAUUUAUUCUAUAAGAAACAUCCCAAUUACUGUUACUAGAUAUUUUAUACUUGUUUUUACAAUGUUUCAAAAAGUAUUUAUAGAAUUUUUUUACAAGCUCUGCAAAAUGAAUUUCUUCAGUGAAAAAUUGAUGCAUAACAUGCCAAAAUAGUGUUAUGUGAAAAUUUUAGCAUUCAAAUGAUGAGAUACUGCUGUAUUAUGGCUUUGUUCAUAAUUAAUUAUUGUUUUUCAUAAAAUGUAUAUUUUUGUACAGAUUGAAAAGCACAGCUUUAUUUCAUAUUGCUGUAGACAUCUGACUGUCCUCUUGUUUUAGGUCAUUACGCACAUACUGUUUCACCCCAUGUGUCAAACUAAUAAAUAUCCUGCGAUCAGAC